CCUAAAAAAAUAAGUAAUUAAUUCAAGUCACAGAUAACACUCUGUUUCUAUUUCUGUUCUUUAGAAGGGCACGGGUGUUUGUUAAAUAUUCUAUUUUUUGUUGAUAAAUUAGUUAUAGAAGUUGCAGAAAGAUUUUUUCUUGAGAACAUCUAUGCGAUUUAUUCUCAGAUAAACUAAGUUAAAAAGGCGCAUCUGAAUACAAAUAUCUCAACCGGAGUGACUGCUUGGUGAUCCAUGAUAUCGAUGAUGCUGAGGAAUUUUGUAAGCUUAUGAAGCCGUAAAUACUUUUAGGAUUUCUGAAAGGGAUCAAGAGCAGGCUCAGAUGAUUGCUUCAGUUCUAUGGCUGGGAAAUAUAACAUUCCAAUUAAUUGACAACGCAAGCCAUGUUGAAGUUGUGAAGUGAAGCUGUUGCAAAUGCUGCUAGCUUGAUUGGAUGUAGUUUAAAUGACCUCAUGCUAGCUUUAUCAACACGCCAAAUACUAGCCGGCAAGGAUAAGGUUGCCAAGAGUUUAAUUAUGGAGCAGGCAACUGAUAGAAGAGAUACAUUGGCAAAGUUCAUUUAUGCAAACUUGUUUGACUGGAUAGUUGAUCAAAUGAACAGAAAGCUUGCAAUGGGUAAAGAAACAGACGGAUAGAUCCAUAAAUAUUCUGGAUAUUUAUGGUUUUGAAUCAUUUAAGAGAAACAGUUUUGAACAAUUUUGCAUAAACUAUGCAAAUGAGAGGCUCCGGCAGCAUGUCAACCGACAUCUUUUGAAACUUGAACAAGAGGAAUAUGAGUUGGACGGAACUGAUUGGACAAAAGUAGAUUUUGAAGACAACCAAGAGUGCCUGGAUCUUUUUGAAAACGUAUUUUUCCUUUUUGAUUCUUUUUCCUAUUCACUUGGCGUCAGGAGUUUUUAUAAUCUGCUAGCUUUCUUCUGUCCUGGAUUAUGCGUUUACUUUCGUUCUUAAUUACGCAAUCACACUGUUGUUGCUCUUUUUCCUUUUUGGUCUUUUACAUCUUUUUCCCGUUUAGUCUUACUCUUUCCAUGUUUAGGAAUUAGGAGUUGGAUGCAAAGGAUUAAAAUGCAUCUGUUCGUAUUGUCACAAGUUCUAUUUGAUAUAGCUGCCACCACAAUUUUCUUAUCGUUGUAUUCCUUCUUAUGGGUUAAGUAGUGAAAAUGCAAUAUAUCGAGUCAAUCAUAAAGAAGAUCUCCGUAUUUUGUCUACGCAAUUUACCACAUGUAUUUGAAUGGACAUACCAGUUGAUCGAUGAAAUGCCAGAUUUUCAGAAGCAAAGUGUUGCAACUAAGUUUAAGUUUGUUAUUUUCUUAACUUCUCUAUAGAACUUGAUCAUGCUAACAAACUGAACAUUUUAGGUAUUAAAACCUUGUAUCUUAGGGUACCCUUAUAGUUGCUCAAGGUUGUCAACAACAACAACAACAACAACUACCCAGUAUAGUUGUUGUUGUUGACAACCUUGAGCAACUAUAAGGGUACCCUAAGAUACAAGGUUGUCCUUUAUCAAAAAUUUCUGGCAGGAUCAUUUGUUCAAACUGAUGCAGCAGUUGGAAAAUACAACACCACACUUCAUAUGUUGCAUAAAACCAAAUAAUAAGCAGGUUCCUGGCAUGUGUGACAAAGAUCUUGUCAUACAACAGCUCAGAUGCUGUGGUGUUCUUGAGGUGGUUUGAAUAUCAAGAUCUGGCUAUCCUACUAGGUGAACACAUCAAGAAUUCACAAGCAGGUACGGCCUCCUUAUGGAGAAGGAUAAUGCAUGUCAAGAUAGUAUGUCAGUUGCUAUUCUUCAGCAGUUUGAUAUUCUUCCGGAACUGUACCAAGUUGGAUAUACAAAGUUAUAUUUCCGAGCAGGACAGAUUGCUGCAUUGGAGGAUGUGAGAAACCAAAUUCUGCAAGGUACUCUUGAGGUGCAGAAGUGCUUUCGUGGUCAUCGUGCUCGUCGUUACUUCCAUGAGCUGAAAGGAGGAGUAAUCACACUUCAAUCAUUUAUUCGUGGUGCAAUAGGAAGAAACCGGUAUAAUACUUCGGUGGGGUCUAAGGCGAAGGUGGCUCACAAAAGUGAUGAGCAGCUGGUGGCUGUUGUGCAGAUGCAAUCAGCUAUUCGUAGAUGGUUGGCUCGAAAGAAUCUUAAUAAACUGCAGAGUGCAAAAACGUUAAAUGUAGGCAUCCCAAAAACAGGCAGAAAAAUGGAGGCCAAGGAGUUGCCUCGAGAAAUUUUACCUUCUGUUGUAGAAGACCUCGAAAGGCGCCUUCUAAAGGCUGAGGCAACCCUUGGAGAGAAGGAAAUGGAAAAUGUUGCCCUGAAGGAACAAUUAAACCUAUUCGAGGCCCGAUGCCUAGAAUAUGAGGUCAAUGGAAGAGAUGUGGCAAAAGCAAAUGGCAUCAUUGCAGCAGGAUAGUCUGGCUGCAGCCUAGAACAGUCUCAGUGCUGGUGAUACUACUGGUCGACCUGGAAAGCCUGAAGGUUCCCCAUCUCCUCGCUAUUAUGAUUCUGAUGACGCAACAUCUAUGGACACUCCUGCGGGAUGCACCCCAGUUAAAUUUACUAACAGCUUAGGUGUUGGAGCUAAUAGAGAGGUUAAUGGUGGUUUAGCCAUAGUCAGCUACCUCACACUGGAAUUUGAGCAGCGAAAGCAGAAUUUUGACGAUGAAGCCUUGGCAAUUGUUCACUUGAAACCAGGGCAAUUACAUUCUACUAAUCCUGCAGAUGAGUACCGAAGACUGAAGUGCAGGUUUGAGGAAUGGAAAAAAGAUUACAAGGUCCGGUUAAAGGAGACAAAGGCAAAAGUACACAAGCUUGGUUGUUCUAAAGCAGGAAAGAAUCGUAGAAAAUGGUGGGGUAAGAAGAGCAAGUGAUUUUAGCUUAAAAUCAGUCGUUUUCUUCCCUAGGGUAUUUUAAAAUAUAUCGGUGAAACUAAUUUCCCCAACUUAUGGUUGGUAACAUAGCAGAGUUGGUGGAGAUUGGGAAAUAGUGUGUGCGCUCGGUUAUGGAUCCUCUGAUCCCCCUAGAUAGUUAAGAGCGUGUUUGUGAAUAGCCUGUUGUUAACAAUGCUAAGUUGUGUAAUUACACUAGAUAGCUUUGCCAGAAUAGGACUAGAGUUUUCUCAGUCCAAAUGCUUUUGCAUUAGCAAAUGUUGUAAUUAGUUGUUACUGAAAUAUGGUGAUCAGUUGCAGAAAUGUGGUUACUUGAUUGUUUACAACUCCAGAAUGAGUGGCCAAACGUGAUAGAGAGCGUUUUUUAUUCU